UCGACGGAGGCCACAGGUUAACCUACUGCGACGGCUCUGCGCGAAGUAGAACUCGCGUCGCAAGGCGGAAAGCACGCGAAGUAUGGGCUUCUUCGACAAACUCGUCAGUUUUCUCGGCUUGAAAAAGAAGCACGCCAGCGUGUUGGUGGUCGGCUUGGACAACAGCGGCAAGAGCACAAUCCUAAACCAUUUCAAGCCCGAGGACCAGAAGGCGAUGGACAUCGUGCCUACUGUGGGCUUCAACGUGGACUCCUUCAAGAUGAAGAAUUUGGCACUCACGGCUUUUGACAUGUCCGGCCAGGGAAGGUACCGGAAUCUCUGGGAGCACUAUUACAAGGACACGGACGGCAUAAUAUUCGUUGUGGACAGUACGGACGCACUCAGGAUGGUCGUGGCCAAGGAUGAACUGGACAUGAUGCUACAGCACAAGGAUUUUAAGGAUCGUCCUGUGCCGAUCUUGUUUUUCGCGAACAAAAUGGACCUCAAGGAAGCUUUGUCUAGUGUGAAAGUAAGUCAGGCCCUGGGAUUGGAUGUGCUGAAAACGAAGCCGUGGCACAUUUGUGCGAGCAAUGCUCUGACUGGAGAAGGUUUGCAAGAAGGCCUAGAGUGGCUCAGCGAACAAAUACAGGCUCUUCUGCAGAAAAAGAGGUAGCCGGAAGAAAAAUAUA